GUGGUCUCCCAGGUCUGUUCCUGCAGUGAACCAUUAACAUUUUCCAAAAGGAAGGGCAAACAAUCAUUUGUUAGGCUUAUAAAUAUAUACAGCAGCAUAUUUUCAAGUGUAUAAGGGAGAUAAGCUGUAGACAACACAAAAGGAGGUUAAAUUCUACCAAAUUUCUAUUGUUAGCAACUCAUGCAUAGAAUGGCAAACAAAACGGUUGGUGUGCACAUACUGCUGACUUUGAAUAGUGUGUAACUGUGUUUCAUAAUACAGUAAAACGAUAAACUAUGGGCAGUUCCAUGUUGGUAGUUGUUAAUAUCUACUAGAGUAAAUAUUUUAAUCUUUAAAUUUUCAGAAGAGGACUUGUGAACUAGCUCUUUACUUUAUUCAGAACACUUCAAGGAUUGAAAGAAAGAAAAAGAUUGAAGCAGUAGCUGUAUAGAUGACUAUGAGUAUGGAAACUGGUGAAAAAGCAAAUGCAGCAUAUUUUGCAGAUCUGAAGUUGGUUGUGUCAAAAUGGUAUGAUGAUCACAUACCCAUCAAUAUGCUGAAAGUUUUGUUCAGGGACUAUGUAUUAGAUACAAUUGCAUUACAUACGUCUUCUAAGACGAUGGACUUAAUUAAUAUGCUGGUGGGUUCUGGAGAGCUUGGUCCAACUGAUCUCACACUCCUCUAUGAUACUAUUAAGGCAACAAGACAAUUUGGUCUGGUACAAGAAAUUAAAAAGCAGAUUUCCUCAUUCCAAAUUUUGGAAAAUAUUAGAGAUGACGCAAUUACAAAAUUCACAGUGCAUCGGCAAAGACUUAUAAAACUGGGAAUGGUGCUGACUCCAGGUGAUGUAGAAACCAUUAGUGGACUGUAUGAGGAGAAACAUACAGAUAGCUGGAGUUUGAUUAUGAAUCUAGAACAUAAACGAAUCAUUUGUGAACAAAACAUGGAUGUAUUUAUUAGAAAGCUAAAGCAAUAUGAACUUUAUCAAGCUGUAGGAGCUCUAACAGAAGAAUCACAGGGAGCAACAGGUAUGGUACAUCAUGGUUUCCACCACUCAGCAAAAAUCAGUAAGAUGCCUGCAGGCAAGGUAUUGCACACAUUACAAGGAGGCAAAGAUGAACACAUUUUCUGUCCAAUUCACUGUAACAAUGUACUGGAGUUCUUCUGCUCAACUUGCAAGAAAUCAGCAUGCAAACACUGUGAACAUGGUUUUUAUUGUUUACGAAAUAAACAUGAUGUGAUUGAAUUGAAGACUGUUGUAUAUGAUGUUACUAUUAAACCUAAGGAAAUUCAAAAGAAAUUGGAGGAAAAACUUGUUUCUAUUGCUAAAGACAGAUCUCACUUGGAAUCUCAUCGAAAAUUAUGCAGAGCAGCUAUUGAAGAGAAGGAAAUGAACCUUAUCAUUAAGAUCCAAAAGAAAAGUCAACAAUUACUUUCAGACCUUGAAAAAAUAUACAAAGAAAUGCAAGAAGACAUUGAUAGUCAAGUUAAAGAUAUUAAUGAAAAGCUGACUCGAGUUAAUAAUGUAACAACCUCAAUCAGUACACGAAUGAGUAAACCACAAGAAAUAGAAACUAUUGUAUCCUAUAUGACAACUAUCAAUACUUUCAGUGACUUAAAUGAAUCAUUUGAUGAAUCAAAUAUUACACCAAAGUUUAUUGACUCUACCCAGUUGGAUGAUUUAAUGAAUACAGAUGGCAUUGGUAAAAUCACAACUGUCCAUGGCAUGUACAAGGUUGAUAAAGAUGAUGAAGUGAUUACUGUCACUAAAGGACAACCACUUGUAGUGGCUGUAUCAAGUCUAGCUGAGAGUGAUCGAUGUAAAUUAGCUGGCACUUUAAUAAAGAACUCAUCAGGUGAAGAAUCACCAACUGAGGUAGAAUAUCAAGGAAAUGGAAAGUAUAAAAUAACAGGUAAAUGCAAUGUGGAAGGUGACUGGCAAAUGAAGAUUACUGCAGGAGAGGCACACAUCAAAGGAUCACCUGUAAAUAUUACUGUGGAAAAAUUGGGACUUGUUCAUACCAUUUUUAACAUACCAGAUUAUAAAGAGCAUAGACAGGGAGCUAAAGUAUCAGAUGUUGUGUUAGAUACAGAUGAAUGCAUAUUAGUAUCAAGCUUCAGUAAAGAUAUAUUAAAGUUCAAUCAAUCAGGUUCAUUUGUUGGUAGGAUAAAGGUGCAACAAAAUGUGCAGGUCAAUAGAAUGCAUUUAAUGAGUGAUGGUAACAUGGUGUAUAGUGAUUUCCUACAAAAAUGUGUUGUAAUGUGUGAUGAUAAUUUUAAAGAAAUCCGCUCAUUUGGUAAAGGAAUAUUGAAAGAACCAAAGGGCUUGGCAGUAAACAAAAAAAGAGUCCUGUAUGUAGCGGACCAAGAUGCUUACUGUGUGUUUAAAUUUAACGUUGAUGAUGGUAGACUGCUGGAUAAGAUAGCUGGUUCAAAAGUUAGUAAAGUAGGUCAAAUGUAUCAACCACAAGAUGUCACUUUAACUAGGGAAGAUCAUGUAAUUGUUGCUGAUAUCAAUGGCGGAAUACAAAUGUUUGAUGCAAAUGAUAAGUUGAUGAAAGUCGUUAUAGGCCAAGGAAAGGAAGAUGGUAAAGUAAGGGGUCCUUGUGGUGUAAUCAUGGAUAUGGAUGAGAAUAUAAUUGCAUCAAGUAAUCAUAAACUACAAUUAUUUGAUAAAAAUGGUGUCUUUGUAGAACGAAUAGAUCAUGAAGAUGAUGUAUUUGUCCCAUUAGGAAUCACUGUAAUCUCCAAUAGACCUAGAAGAGUAGCAGUAGCAAACCAUGGAGAAAACACUGUUAAAAUCUUUAACUAUUAAAUUACUAUAGAAUUGAUUUCAAUUUUCAUCAAAAUGCUGUCAAAGUAAACAUUUUGGUAACAAAAUUAGUACACAAAUAGACAUACUAUAAAAUAAUAAAAUACAUAUCAUCAAAGAGAAUGUCAGUUAAGUCAUUGAAGGCUUUAAGAUUGACCCAACCCUUAAUUUAAAUACUAAAAUAUAGAUGAAUAUAUAAAUUACCUCUUCUAAUAAUUACAACACAAAAAGAAAGGAAAAACAGUAAAUUACUACCUUAAAAUCAAUUAUAUUAAUUCACUUAUGUUUUAGUAUACAAGGUCCUAGCGGCUAUAAUAUCACAUUGUCGCAAAUAUUUUUUGUAUAUUUCAAUUUUAACAUGAAAAUUUAUGGUGUGGUUUGCACAUCUUUAGUUGCAUUGUAUAGAAUUGUCUGAUUUAUAUAACAUUUAGGCAGAAUUUAAUCAACUGGGUUUUGUGGUAACCAUGUAAGACAUUUAAAUAAUUAUUAAAUGAUUUAGAAAGAAUUGUACAUGUUCUACAUUACAAUUUGUGGCAAUCUAAUGCUAAAUAUAUUUAAGGUAUUGAAUUUAUAAAAAUUACAAUGUGAUAUAAAUGUAGACUUGGAGGAAAUUCUAUGUGUCUUUUUCUUUUUAAAUAAUAUGAAAUAAUUUUGUUUUUUCUGUUCUAACCAAUGGACAAAAUUGUUAGUGUUUAUUUAUUACAGUACCCUAAACUAAAUUACCAUAUAUUAAAUGGGAAAAAAUAAUAUUUGAGUGAAUUUGCUGAAGAUUUAUAGAUAUAAAUGGAGGAAACAUUUGCUUUUCCUUGCAGCUCCAAAGCACACAAUUAAUCAAAUGUGGAUUGCAGUUUAGAACCAGUGGCAAAACGAAUCCGAAUAUACCAGCAUAAAAGUACCCACAAUACCCACCAAAAUUAUACUUACAUUACAUAACAACAUAUUACAAUGAGGAUAUUUCAUUGUCAGUGUUUAUUAUACAUAUUUAACAUAUUGACAACGUGCUGUUGUAGUUUCUUCACUAAUUUCAUUCACUUGAUUCUAACAUUGGUUAGUUGUACAGUAGUCCCUCUAUUAACAUGAACAUGUU